GUCCGCGGCAUUCGGCCCGCAAACACAAACAGCAUGGUAUUAUUGUUUCGUGAUAACAAAUACGUUAAAUGAUAAUAUUUCGUGUAUUUGGUAGUAUCAACAGAAAUAAUUCUAUCCGCGGCUUUUUCCGGCAUGUUCCCGUCCAGAAUAUAAGUUUAUUACCGUAACUUUAUUAAUUAUUACGAUUGUUACGCGUGUCGGCGUAUAGGUACGCGAUAUAAUAUAUAAAUCAAACGACUUAACGAUGGCCGGCAACACCGAUUGGAAUUCGAUUGUGAUGACGGCCGAAAAGCUGCAGGCCAACGCCAUCACCGACACGGGUAUGCCGAGCGUCACCCGGAACAUCCGACAAUUGUUGGACGCCGCCGAAAACCUGUGGACCAAAGUCGGCGUGCCCGGCGUAGAGGCCAAAGGCAAUGUGUUCUUGUGCAGCCGCGGCGUGGACGCCCCCCAGGUGCCCAAGCAGUUGGAAAAGCUCAGCUCCGCGGGGUCGAUGGACACGCUGGACCCGAAGCCGGACAUGGACGUGGACAGUUUCGUGAAGAACGAGGUGCAAAACGCCAUACUCAGCCUGAUCGAGUCGGUGAAGAAAAGCAACGAGGACUUUAUCGAAAAGCGACAGAGCGACGCGACCGUCAGGGGCUGGAGGAACAAGAAGAUCAACAUCAUCAACUCGUUCCCCGGAUACGUGCCGAACCCGUCGUCCAGCCCCGGAGGUUCCAGCGUAAUGCCGUCCGUCGCCAAGCUCAACACCACCAACUUUGGGCUGGGCGCGCAGCUGGACCAGACCGAACUCGCGUACGCCAAACACUUGUGCGAGUACAAUCAACACGUCGAACACCACGGUGUUCAAACCGACAUUUUGCAGUCGUUCGCGACCGCAGCGGAAAUCGCACACGAUGAUCGCGUCAACGAGAUGUGGAAGAUAGUGAAGUGCAUGAGUCAGAUCGUACCGGAACACGGUUCCAAGUAUGCCAGGAGUUCGGCGGUCAACCAAAACACUAUGAUAGCAAACGCCAGGACCUAUCUCGAACAGAGGUAUAUUGUGUUUAUGAAGAGCUACGUUAAGAGCCACAUGUCCAAAGCAAAACUCGGCGGCAUUCCGGGCACUUAUCCUCUGGUGCGAAGUUUUGUGAGUGUCUACAUCAAUCAGUACAACAAUCCCGAUAAGUUAUUUUAUGACGGUGUUCCGUUUUGGCCUUUGGUAUACUAUCUAAUUCGCUGCGGUGAUUUAGAAUCUGUCAUACAAAUUUUAGAAAAAAAUAACCAGGAUCCAGUGUUACUAAACGUUUUUACGAGCCUGAGAAACAACCAUAACUACGUCAACUUAAACGAUCAGGGAUUUUCUGCGUCAAUGGCAUGGGACUCCAAUGAUCCAUUUAAAAAAGUUAUUUAUUCCUUAGUCUCUGCUGUCGAUGUGUCAAGUAAACAUUCAGAUGUAAUCAAGACUGCAGACGAUUAUCUUUGGUUAAAACUUUGUCAAGUCAGAAAUGAUCAAGACAAGCUCACAUAUCCUGUACUCCAAUCGAUGAUCUAUGACGAAUACAAAGAUCAAUUCAGUGAUGUUCAGCCCAUGUCUUAUUUCCAAUUACUAUUUUUAACUGGUCAAUUCGAAUCGGCUAUUCAGUUUAUUUUCCGUCAUCCAAAACUUUGUUGUCACGCCAUACAUGUAUCUAUAGUUUUGAAUGAAAUGGGUCUACUGUAUUUACCCAGCGACUUCAAUCAGCCAAUUUUAUCCAAAGACGAUAAUCAAACAGAUAGAUUAAAUAUAGCCAGAAUGAUGAAAAUUUACUGUGCCAAAUUUGAAAAUCAAGAUCUUAAAAUGGCCAUUAACUAUUACUAUUGUCUAAGACAUAUUGAAUUUGAAGGUACGACACUUUUUAUUUCCUAUGUAGCUGGUCUUGUAAUCGAAACAGACGAAUAUGACAAAGUAUUUGGAUACUUGAAGCCUGACGGUAAAAAACAAAAUGGUAUUUUGGACUCGUUUAUACUAUCAGAAACACAAAAAAUGGAUAUUAUCAGAACAACAGCUUCACUCGCAGAACAAAAGUGUGAUCUCGACGUGUCAGCUAAAUUGUAUGAAUUAGUGGGUCAGUAUGAUAAGGUACUCGAACUCGCUAACAUUAUGCUGAGCCGGAUCAUUCAACCAGACAUCUUCUCUUCAUUGGACAAAACUCCUAACACAAAGAACAAAGUGUUUGACUAUAUUGAAAUUUUAAGUCAACGACUAGCGGGAGUCGAAAUUAAUGUCACCGAGGAAGCGAUUUUUACAUUUAACAUGUUAAAGAGUGUUUUUGUAUUUUUCGAACAGUACAACAAUCACAAAUACACAUUGGCGUUUGAUGUGCUUCAGACGAUUGGUUUAAUACCGUUGGCUAUAAACCAGGUGGAAGAACGGCUUAGUUCAUUUAAAAAGUACAAUGAAUUGAUAUUAAGAAUUAUACCCGGAGUGAUGACAGCCACAAUGAACAUGUUAUAUUCACAAUACAGUGACAUUAAAAAAGAAUCCAAAAAGUCUGCUAGGGAUCCAGAACAAAUGCAUGCGCAGUUAGAAUACAUCAGGGAAAAGGCGAAAGCCAUUACAUCAUUCACAGGCCGUGUACCAUUCCAAAUCAACUCUGAAAUAAUCAAUCAUUUAGUGCAAACUGAAAUUCUAUUAUAUUAAUUUAAAUAUUUUAUUGUAACUAUGCGCCUAUGGCUGGCUCUUUUAUUCCUUAUUAUAUUUUAAGCAAAUAAUAACAAAGAAUUUAUUUGCAAUAUAAAUUGUAAUUUUUUUAUUAAAAUCUAAUACACAGUCCACCUUAAAGGCCUUAUUUGUAAAAUAUAAUGUAUGUAGAACCUUUUUGUCAUUAAUUAUUCAAUAAAAUGUCUAUAGUCGUCAUUGACUAUAACUAUUAAUAUAAUAAA